AUGAACCCCAAUAAUGGAUACUAUGGGCAGCAGUGGCCUCUGGUGCAGCCGUCGAGCAAUAGACGUUUCUUACCCGUUGCAGGUACAUUCGGAGCUGCUGCACCAACCUUGAUGCAACCACAUGUACAACAUGGCAGGCAACAAUACCCUGUACAAUUCCCGCCAAAUGCAGUAUUUCCUCCUCAGGAAAUAUACCAACACCCACCUCCAUUCCAGCAUCCGCUUCACCAUCAACCGCCAGCCCGGAGUCCUUUCAUACCUCUUAUUCCGCUCAGCGCUGUAGAGGAUCUGGAAGAGGAAGAGCCUCCUCCUUUCACCAGUGGUGGAUUCCAGGACCCGUUCAAUAGAGCCUAUGCUACUAGCGGACCCGCGGUCUUCGAAGGGUUCAUUCCAGCAAAUCCCGGACAAGAGGAUGAUGAUGAGUUUACCAAUGCGACCGGAUUCCGAGAUUCGCGCUACGACCGCGACUUCGAUAGUUCGGAUUCCGAGCAGGAUGAUUGGCGACGUGCCAUGGAGGAAGACGAAGAGCUCGCUCGAUACGAGAACAAGGAUGAUUCAGAGAUCGAUGCAGACUACGAAUCAGAAGAUGCACAAGAAGACGAAGGUGACCCAGAUGAGAUGGAGCUAGGUGUCGAAUUCGAGGAUGUCGAAGAGCGAACGAAAUACAAGAGAGGGAAGAGCAGAAGCAGAGGUGCACUCCAGGCUGCAGUAACCCCUAGUAUCAUACCUGCCAGAGGGCGACGUGGUGGGAAACGAGGUCGGCCUUCGACUCGAGGCCGUGGUGGUCGAGGUGGCAACAAUGGUGCUAGACCAACGCCUAAAAAGAAGCGAGGCAAGCCUGGAAGGGAAAAAGGUCCUAGAGGACCUCGACCUGUUGCCGACCCAGGCGCAGAAUGGAAGUCGUUGCAGCAACAGGCUAACGCAAAGUUCAUCGCAAGAGACUAUGAAGCUGCCCUUGUGUUCGCUCAGCAGGCUAUUCAGUUGAACCCAGAAAUCUUUGAUGCUUACAACAUCGCAUCGGAGAUCUAUACCGAGAUGGGUCGGGAGGAGGACUCACUGGCUGUACUACUGGCUGGUGCGCCAACCAAGCGUGAUCCUGGUCUCUGGCAGUAUAUCAUUGAGCGCAUACAACAGCUCGAUCCUGAAAAGCAUCCACAAUUUACAGAUGAGAACAAGUCGGCUGCCAUUCUUCCGUGUUUGAACGAGAUUAUCUUGCUCAACAACGAUUAUGAAGCUCGUAGUCACAAGCUCGAGAUCGAGGCACAACUAGGUCGUUCGUCCAAAUGCGUAGCGCUCGGUCUGAAGAUGCUCAAAACACGCAAGGAGCAAGGAGAAGACCCUGAUACGAGUGUACUGAAGAUUAUGGCAAUGAUGGGUACUGCCUCUCCGAAACAGACUAGAAUACAUCUCAACAAGCUGCUGAACAGCUUCGAAGAGGCUAUUGAUGUGUUCACACAGCCUGACCGGGAUCCGGUCAACAAUGAACUUGAUUGGGAACUAAUCAAUAUCUAUCUCGACCUUUUGGAUCGAGCGGGUAGCUACGAAGCAGGUGUUGUACGACUGAAGGAGCUUGCCCGGUGGAAGCAGGGUAGGCGUUCUGAGACAUUCUGGGACAAACUCGAAGACGACUGUGAAUUCGACAUCGAAGAUGAGCCGAGACGCGUUACUGUGCCUCCGUUUGUUCGAAAAUCGCAGGAUGCUACAUACGGCUCAACUCUGCCAUUGGAGAUCAGAGUGAAAUUAGGCUUGUUCCGGUUGCGCAGGAGCAAGGACGACUUUGAAGAAGCUAUGCGCCACCUUGAAAUGUUGGAGCCGGACAACCAUGGUCCUGAGGCUCUGAUUUGGGACUACGAAGAUCUAUUCCGUAUAAUUGGCGAUGCUCUUCACGCUACAGGCAACGAUGACCAUGCGCUGCGUUUCUACGAGCCUUUAUUCGACAAGAACUCUAACGAAUUCAACCUGCAAAGCUACAUUGGCCUGCACACAUGCUUCAAGAAUCUAGGGAGGGCUGAGAGGGCGGCAGAGGUCAUUCCGAUCUUGAAGAAGUGGCCGGCAGAGAACUAUGAUGACCUCGCUGUCCUUGCAAAGUUCUUCGAAGAUCAGGGCAUGUGGCAGGAAGCUGGUCAGCGUGCUGAGACUAUCUACCGCGACAAGUACGGCCACAAGCUCAAAAACCUGGGUUUCCAGGCAUAUGAUGAGCUCAGAGUAUACUACUAUAACCAGCGAAGGCAAGCUCGUGGUAGAUAUGGCGUUCGAAAGAGUACGGUUCGGAGGAAUAGGAAGAGGAUGCAAACAGCUACCGGGCAGACCGGUGAAGACGAAGAUUCUGUAGAUGAGAACGGCAACAAGGAACUCCCUCCACUUGUCGCCCCGACCGAACGUCCUAAGAAGGGUUUCUUCCGCACGAAAAGAGCGAAGGCGCCAAAAGUUCAGGCUUUCUUAGCUGUUCGUGAUGAAGAUGCUGAGCAGCUUCCCGAUAUCGAACCGAGACGAACUACACUUGAAGGUACCGACGUGCCGUAUCGAGCGAUCAACAACAGACUGUUUCGUAACAAGCUUCAGAGACUGGCAACAGAUUUUGCCGACGACCUCAAAGCCGCUCGAGCUCAGCAUCGGGAGAUCGUCUCGAGUUUCAAGCGACUAGACGAGAUUUGGGAAGCGGCAGAGGAAAGAGACGAGGUUGCCGUACACGAGGUGUUGUCCAUCACUCGGGAGCUCAUCGAAGAAUUCUCUACGUUCGACUUGUUCUACUCGAACCGAAAGGAAGACCUAAUGACUUACUUCCGACGAGUUACGGGUGGCGAUCUAUGGAAAGAGUCUUCGCUAAUGGUACUUGCUGUAGUAGCGAACAAUGUCGAAGACGGUGAAACAGAUCCUGAGCUGAGAGAGCGACCAGAUUCAGCUCCGGUUGAUUUCUGGGGCAUACACUUCGACAAAUGGUGUGAUGCGUUCGGUCGCUAUGCUAUCCUGCUCGCCAGCGAAGGAGAUGAAGAACAGUGUUUCGCUACACUCGAUAUUGCCACUCAAGCCAACGUCUUCCAUCGCUCCCGAACCUACCACCAACAACUACAAUUGUGUCGCCUUACUUGCGCUCUAGCAGCAGACAAUUCACGUCAGGCAUCUGUAGCGACGCGCUGGCUCCUAAAAGAGUACCCUUUCGGGACAGGCCUCUUCCGUCUUUAUGGUGCCGUUAACCGUCUAUGUUCCUUCCCCGAAGGAUUCGCGACUGGCCCUGCGUACAAAGUGCUUAUGCGCUACAUCAAGACUAUCGACUACGCGCUCCUGACCCCAGCACAGCGCGCCGCGUAUAAUUUCCGCGAUACAAAGAACAGCAAAGGAGGUUUCAGAAACAACAUCAACGUCGAAGAUGUCGACAGAGCCAAAGACCACGAUCCCGCACUCUUCGCGUUGUAUGGACAUGUUUUGAUGUGCGGUGGUAGUUAUGUGGCGGCGCUGAACUAUUACUUCCGUGCCUUUACCAUCUCGCCUGAAGAUCCAGUAUUGAAUCUAAGUAUUGGUGUUGCUUACGUUCAACACGCCAUGAAACGGCUCUCCGAAAACCGGCAAUACCAGAUUCAACAGGGUCUGUCGUUUGUGUACAGAUACUAUGAUCUCCGCAGCAAGAGCCCGCAUGCAAUCCAUCGGCAAGAAGCGGAGUACAACGUGGGAAGGAUGUGGCAUGGGCUGGGUCUUGUCGCGCUAGCGCUUCCAGCGUAUGAAAGGUGCUGUGCGCUUAGUGAUGACGUUAAACAGGAGGCAGGAGAUCGGUGCCAGGACGGCAAUUGGGGGUACGAGGAUUUCAGCACGGAUGCGGCGUUUGCAAUGCAGAGCAUCUAUGCCAUCAGCGGUAAUUUUGAGGGCGCUCUGGAUGUUACAGAGAAGUUGCUCGUCAUUGAGUAA